UCGCGUAUAAGACUCCCAUGUAAGCACCACCGUCUCACGCCCACUAGAGCCCGCAACAACACAGCAUCACAGCAUUACUACGGCAUUACCAAUCAUUUUACUUUCCACCUACUUUCCACUCUUCAAUCUAGCACUAUGCCUUUCGACAUCAACACCACCGAUACUGAGGUGUUGAGCUCUUUCGGCAAGGAGGCUCAAGGCAAGACCUUACUCAUCACUGGCCCUAGCACGGCGGGAAUUGGUAGUAAAGUCGCAGUCUCCCUAGCUACAGCUGGUCCAAAACUGCUCAUUCUCGCGGGUCGAAACAAAUCCAAGAUUACACCGGUGAUCGGGGGGAUAAACAGAGCCAACCCCGGAGUCCAAGUCAAGUUUGUACAACUUGACCUGUUGUCUCAGAAAUCAGUCCAUGAUGCUGUCACACAAGUCAAAGAGGCCACGGAUCACAUCGAUAUUCUUAUCAACAAUGCUGGCGUAAUGGCUCCUCGGAAAUUCCUACUUUCACAGGACGGUGUAGAAAGCCAGUUUGCAGCAAAUUACCUCAGUCAUUUCCUUUUGACGAAUUUGCUGUUGAAAUCCGGCCUUAUUCGGGCAGGGGAUCUUAUUCUGAACAUUGGCAGUCUGGGUUACCAGAUGAGUGACAUUCAGUACGACAACAUCAACUAUUCGAAUGGCGAAUCUUACAAUGGCUGGAAAGCUUACGGACAAGCGAAAUCUGCGCAACUAUUAGGUACGCGCGGUCUCGCGAAUCGCUUGAAAGGCAAGGGUAUCGCAGUGCUCGUGGCGCACCCGGGUGUCACGCUCGAAAGCUCGUUGCUUGCCAACUCUGCUAUUGACCAAGAGUACUUUGGUGAAGCAUAUCUGCUUGCCAUUGAGCGCAAUGACGGGCAGCCGCUUCCUCCACAAAACAUGGUGUCGAUUGAGCAGGCCGCUGGGGUUGUGCUCUACACUGCAUUAAAUCCAGAGCUUCGCAGCAAACCUGCCGCAUUCAUCGUUGAAAAUGGGAUCUACGCUCUGACCAAAGAUUAUGCGAUCAAUGAUGCCGAUGCAGACAAGCUUUGGGAGCUGAGCGAGAGCCUUGUGGGCGAGAGAUUCGAGUUCUAG